AUGUCAGGCACAGACAGGAAGUUCCAGAUGAGAGGUGAGGCAGGAAGAAGUAUAGAGGAGACGUUGGUGGAAAAGUGGCAGCAGAGGAGUUAUCCGUCUACAAGGAGACCUGUAUAGAUCACAUGAUGGCACCAAUGAGGAUGGGAGGACCGGACCGGAGUCACAUGGAGACUGAGAAGAUACUAAACCUCACCCUGGAGAUCAUCUACCUGCUGACCGGAGAGAGAUCUCAUCGUAUGACCACAAGAUCCUCGAGAAUCCAGAAUCCCAUCACCAUCCCCCCACCUCCAUCCCUGAUCCCUACAAGACAGAAGACACAGAAGAUUCUAGAAGUCACCAAGAAGAUGAUGGAGCUGCUGACAGGAGAGGUUCCUAUAAGGUGUCAGGGUGUCACUGUCUAUUUCUCCAUGGAGGAGUGGGAGUAUUUAGAAGGACACAAGGAUCUCUCUACAAGGACGUCAUGAUGGACAAUCAGCCGCCCCUCACAUCACCCGGGUAAGAGGAGACUUUAUUGUAAAGGAGAGAGCAGUACGGAGGAUCCACCUAGAUCCCCCAUCAUCUGAUAAACACAUAGAAACACAUGGAUUCAGUCAGUGUGUGUGUUUUCCUACAGAUGGAUCCAGUCAUGGGAACCCCCAGAGAGAUGUCCCCGUCCUCUGUAUUCCCGGGAUUCCACACAGGAAGAUCACAUCA